AUGGCUGCUAUUCAGAGAUUCGUUAAACCACACGAUUUUAUAUGGGAAUGUGCCUAUAUGAGGCUUUAUGGAAAACCAUCUGUAAAGAUGUGGGAGCCAAAAAUCCGCGUCAAACAAAAUACAACAGGCUUAAUGAAUUUGAAAGGAAUUUGUAUUGGAGGAAAGAUAAAAGUUAACAAGACAGAAGAAAGAAUAGACAAAUUUAUUAGAGUACCGAGCAAUGAGUCAGUUUGUGUCAUGUUUCGACCAUAUUUUACUGAACGUAAUCCAUUAGAUGAUUGGGUGACCAAUGGUCAGAAAUAUCUUAUUGAGCCAAUGAUACCAGUAACAUCAGAUCCACCUGUGACUGGAAGAUCAAAUCAUACAUCUACAUUACAUCAAUCAGAAAGCCAGAAUUCCAAUCACACUGUUUAUAUUGGUUUAAUGGUUACUGUUGUCAUCCUAUUUCUUCUUGCCCUGGUUUUUUUCAUUAUUUUCAUGCGUAAACGCAAUUGUACCAAAAAACAUUUUAAGUUUUUUCAAAAGAUUUGUCAAGGACAGGAAGAAGAAGAAACAGAUAUGAUGAGAAAUCAAGUCCAUGACAACAAUUCAGUGAUCAUCACCCCCAUACUUCUUCAACAACCUGAGUUGGUGAAAAAUAUGGUGGAAGCUCAUCUGAAACUGCUGGAAAAACAAGAUGGAAUUAAAGCAAAUCCGACUCCAUUUUUAUGCGAUGAGAAAUCAGCUAAGGUUCAAGAUCUGCCGGAGGUUUCAAUAUGGAUUGACGAACAAAUCAACUUAGCUCUUCAGCACGAUAAUCAUUACUUCAUAAUUUAUGCAUCGGAAAACAUGAAAAUAACUUUCACAGAGCCGGACAUGUUUCACGAGAAUCUUGCAGAUCAGAUUUGUGUGAGAUUUAUCAAAAAAUUGACAGCGCAAAAUUUUGGGAAGAAAGUGGUUGGGGUAUGUUUUGGGAACCCUGAGGACUAUAGUUGUCUCCCUUUUACCAAAUUUCAUAAGAUGUUUUCAGCAGUGAAACAAGAUCGUGAUGGGUCCUGCUGUUCGCCAGUGUCUUUCUCCGGAACUAUAAAUCUGAUCAAACAUCUUCUGUCCUCACAAACUGAAUAUUCGUUUAAUUCUGAGGAAACGCAUCAGCUACGUUCAAUAUUCUUACAGUCACAAUGUUUACCAAGGUCAUUUGAUGCAUUGACAACAGGGUAUGAAUCAGAUUCCGAGUCAUCUCCCUUUAUUCAAGACAAUGCAACAUUUGUAGGUCCCGAUUCAAUCGCUGGGAGUCAGAGUGAUUUUAACGCUGAGAUAAACGGCUUUAACAAACGAGCAGGCUGGCCAGACUUGUGCUGA